AUGGUCUCAUCGAAGACACAAGCGGCCGCGAGAAAGAAACAAGAUGAGAGGGAGAGAUUGGUGAAAGAGAUGGAGGAUGAGUUGGGUUUAUCAAGUGAACAUCCGGAGGAUCAACUGUAUUUGUAUACAAGUCCAGAGACGAUCGUAGCCAAUUUGAAGAGUAGGAAAGAUGGAUGGACGGCUGAAAGAGUUAUGAUUGCUUUUAUCAGAUCAGCUUGUGCAGCUCAUAGAAAGACAAACUGUCUGACUGAGAUCUUAUUUAAAGAAGCGUCAGAUAAUGCUAGAAGCAUGGACAAAGAAUACGCAGCUACGGGUAUAGCGGAAGGUGUAUUCUGGGGAUUACCAUCAAGCUUCAAGGAUACGUAUAAUAUUUUUGGGGUCGAUUCAUCACUUGGAUGUUCCCCGCACUGCUUUGUGCCGACUGAGAAGCAGGAAGAGGAAGCUACUUUGGUCAAGCUCUUCAGGAUAGGAGGUGGAAUCACAUUUUGCAAGACAAAUGUUCCCCAAACUCUGCUCGCUUUCGAAUGUCGCAAUCCCAUUUUCGGCACAUCCACUAACCCUUAUUCCUCCGAGAGGACAUGUGGGGGCAGUUCAGGUGGUGAAGCUGCUUUGAUAGCUUUACGAGGUUCACCAAUGGGAUGGGGAUCUGACAUCGGUGGAUCACUUCGUAUACCUGCUCAUUACAGUGGGAUAUGCGGCUUGAAACCUGUUCGAGGGAGAUGGCCAGUGCUGGGUCAGAGGAAUAGCGUACAGGGAUUUGAAGGUAUCAAGGGAAUGGUAGGACCUAUGGGCAGGACGGUCGACGAUCUCAUCUUCGCCUCUCGUAGUAUUCUAGACUUGACUCAUUCACAAGUUGCAGAUCUUUGCUUCAGGGGUGAAAUGUUGAUUCCACUCCCGUGGAAAGAGGUUGAUUUGCCUAGACAGUUGAAAGUCGGAUACUGGACACAGGAUCAUCUGAUCAAGACCAGUCCAGCUUGUGUAAGAGCCGUAGAUGAGUGUGUGAAGAAGUUGAAGGAUGCGGGUCAUCAGGUUGUAGAAUUUCAGCCUCCUGAUAUCGCCGAAGCAUUGAAAAUCUUUGCCGGUCUGACGUCGGCAGAAGGGUACAAGUCCUUACUGGGUAACAUUGGUUCAGACCCUAUGGAAAGCUCAAUGAAAUUGGCAAGUGGCUGGCUACUCGGGUUACUCUGCUGGAUUGUGAACAAUUUACUCAAAGAUCACUUGUUCGCAUCUAUCUUCGCUACUUCCCGGCCAAAGAGCGUACAUGAAUUUUGGCAAUUCACAGCUAGGAGGGAUGUUUAUGCUAAUGCAUUUCGGAAGCUGGUUUGGGAAGAUGAAAAGUUCGAUAUGCUAUUAUGUCCUGUCCAAGCUGUUCCCGCUUUAGAACAUGGAACGACUAAGCUUCUUUCGCCUUUAUCAGUCGCUACUAUCCUAUUCAACGUAGUCGAUUCGACAGUCGGUGUUUUACCGGUUACCCAUGUCGAUCAGAACCUCGACUGCCAUUCGCCAGACUACCUAGCAGAUAGUGAAGGAUCCUGGAUACUUGAGAAAAGAGUAUAUGGACCCGGAGGAGCAUACGAUGCGGAUAAGAUGCAUGGGCUACCUGUUGGUGUGCAGGUGGUAGGUAGAGAGUGGCAGGAGGAGAAGGUCCUGGAGAUGAUGAAGAUUUUAGAGGAUUUGGUAGGAUACAAGAAAUAG